AUGAGUCUAUAUCCUCUAGAUUGUAAACUUCCAAUGAUGUAUCAGUUCGUAUCUGUUCGGCUUAGAGAUGGACGCUGUCACCAUGGAAACCAAUGGAUCCUGAGGCCCGAAAAGCCGGAAUCGUCUUCUGAAAAGAAAAUGGCUGGACCCAAAAGACCAUCCAGCGCUUCCUCCGUUGAGAGCCAAUUGUCCACUUUCUCCUGGCAAAGUUCUUGUUUUUCCCCAACAUCCUGUUCAAGACCAAGCAGCUUGGAGGAUGCUAUUGUCAAAGAAUAUGUGGACAUUUUUGAGAGGCCAUCUACCCAAAUGAAAACUUUACCCCGAAAAUACAAAUCCCCUUAUGCUAAUAGAUCAGCAAGACACAGCAAAGACAGAAGAUAUGACAAGCGACCUCAUCUUAGCCCUGACACUCCUCUUCAGUCGGUGCGUGUAUCAGGAAGGUCAGCCUAUCAAGAUUGCUUCCCACUUCAAAAAGCAUCCGUUCAGAGCAGAAAUGUACUUUCAGAUGUAGACCUCGACAAAACAGACAGUGCAGACAAUUCCUGCCUCUCAUCAUCAUCCAAGAGAAACACCCCUGCCAGUGUUCCUCCAGGUCACGUUAGAUAUCCAAUAAGAAGUCCACAUUGCUCCCGCACUACCUAUGGAACCGUUCCAGUUUUUAAAAGGAAAGUCUGGGUCAUCAGAGUUACGGCUUACAAGAAUGGAACGGAUACAAGACCUGCUAAAAUUUCCGCACCUACAAUUCAGCUGCUGCUGGAGAGGUGCACCGUGAAGCUGGAAUUAAACAUGGCCGCCAGACGCGUGUUCCUGGCAGACGGCACGGAAGCCUUCGAACCAAAAGAUAUCCCUCAUGAUAGCGAUGUUUAUAUAUCAACCGGAGAACCUUUCAUAGAUCCUCUGAAAAAUGUUAAAGACAAUGCGUUUCUAAGAGGUAAGAUGGCAUGGACUAUGAAGGGCCUGGUGCUUCCUAACAAUGACAAGAGAGGAAGAACUCAACCCGUUCUGUCCAAAAGAAUAAAGAACCUUAUUACAGAGGGUUGUGUCAGAAUUCUGGUGUUUGCAAACGGCAGUGGGAAAGAUGGACUGGAAAUUGGGGCAAUGCUGGAACAAAUGGAACAGUUUUUAGAUCUGUGUACGUCGAAGCUGAGCCUUGGUUCUUCUGCAAAGGGGAUUUUCGACGUUAAUGGACAGAAGAUUGAAGACCUACGAAGCAUUCCACUGCUUGACAAGCGCCUGCAGAACUCCAUCACUCCUUUACGUGGACCUGUGUGGGUCACUAAGGGAGAAGGUUUCAGCCCAACAGGAGUUAAGACCUAUAUCCAAGGAGUGUUAUCGGCCCUGUGUCAAGAACUAAAGUCUUCGAAAAGCUAUGCUGUCCAGCUGGAACAUUUCAUGAACGGUCUGACAAAUGAAGUCACUCAAAAGGAAAUCUUUUCCAUGACAGAGGAAGAACUUUAUACGGCACACGGAGAGGUGAAUGAGCUGAUCGACGAAUUGAAAACAGCAAUAAAAGAGCACAAAGGUCAGCUCUCAAAACUGGCCCCACAAUUGCAGGCUGAGCGAGAGCAGCACUCCACUUACAUGUUCCGACACAUUCAAGAGUUUCCAGCAAGUGCUCUCGUGCCUCAAGGACUGCACUUAAAGGUAUAUGAAAAUGGCAAAGACUCUGGUGGGACCCGAAUAGUUAUCAGCAAGAAAGAAAUGCAAACUAGUUCUGUCCAUCGUUCCGCAGACGUAAUGCAAGAGUUCUUACAAACGAUUCGAGAAAAGAUCCAGUGCUCUGUUGAUACGGGCCUACGACCUUCCCGACUUUUCGAUGAAAAGGGACAAGAAAUUAAGAACCCCCUCUCCUUGCAAAAUGAGCAAAAAAUCUGGUUUUCCUAUGGGGAAGAUUUCAGGCCUCCAGCAGAGAACAUUCUUACUCUGACAUUCGAUAAAGUGAUUUACACAUACGUUAAUGGGACUAGAAUCAUUUCCAAAGCCUUUGUGGACCCUGACGUUUCUCUCCCCGGCUAUGAAAGCUGGCAUCUCUGUCCAAGCUUUCCUGAUAACGUACCAUCAACCAACCUCCACACUCUUCACCAGCCAGAAACAGUGGAUGUCGACAGCCUUUUUCUUCAGUUGAAGAAGGACUCACAAUUCGUUCUAUAUCCUUCCAUCACAAUAGAGGUAAGAAGCAGAACGCCAGCGCAGAAAGGCAAGAGUGCGCAGGUCGAGCUGGGAAGAGCGUCAGCUUUGCUGCCAUGUAACCUGUGGCUGAUCACAAAGGGUGGAAUGAUCCUGAGCCGGGCAAUGCCACGAAUCUGCCUGGCGGUUGGACAUCCCAUCAAACUGAAAACUGGGAAUGGAGCUUUUAUAGAAGGCUAUAGGUUAACACUUCAAAUAAGAGAAAGAAACAACUCCGCACAGUUAUGGGGCUUUGGGAACAAAGGCUCCAUCUUUUCCAAGGCUUUUCCCGAGUUUGUCCUGACCUACCUGAAGGACCUGCAUGUACAAGAGGUACCAACGCAGGCAGUAGAUCAUAUCCCAGGUCAAGCUUGGCCUCCGUCCCAGCAGGACGCUGGCAAAAUCUCAUCAAAAGAGGCUUGGCAGAACGAUGUCAGUCAUUUCAAUCAGCAGCAAGUUUCCGAAGCAUCGGUUGCCCAGUUAUCGCCCACAGGUGGCCCAGGGGAGGCGAGGCAGCUGACAGUGGCGUUGGUGAAGAAUCUUACUGGGAAACAUCCUCAGGCCCCAGCUCAAAGGUAA